AUGACAGCUGAAACAAACGUUACCGAGACUUCAUACAUAAGUAAACAAAUAUCUAAAUUCACGGAAACUGAAGACAAACAUGGUAAUUACGUAUAUUUCGAUGGUCUAGAAGACAAACAUGGUAAUUACGUAUAUUUCGAUGGUCUAGAAGACAAACAUGGUAAUUACGUAUAUUUCUAUGGUCUAGAAGACAAACAUGGUAAUUACGAAUAUUUCUAUGGUCUAGAAGACAAACAUGGUAAUUACGUAUAUUUCGAUGGUCUAUUAGACAAACAUGGUAAUUACGUAUAUUUCGAUGGUAUAGAAGAUAAACAUGGUAAUUACGUAUAUUUCGAUGGUCUAGAAGACAAACAUGGUAAUUACGUAUAUUUCGAUGGUCUAGAAGAUAAACAUGGUAAUUACGUAUAUUUCGAUGGUCUAGAAGACAAACAUGGUAAUUACGUAUAUUUCGAUGGUCUAGAAGACAAACAUGGUAAUUACGUAUAUUACGGUAUAUUUCGAUAUGGUCUAGAAGAUAAACAUGGUAAUUACGUAUAUUUCGAUGGUCUAGAAGACAAACAUGGUAAUUACCUAUAUUUCGAUAGUCUAGAAGACAAACAUGGUAAUUACGUAUAUUUCGAUGGUCUAGAAGACAAACAUGGUAAUUACGUAUAUUUCGAUGGUCAAGAAGACAAACAUGGUAAUUACAUAUAUUUCGAUGGUCUAGAAGACAAACAUGGUAAUUACGUAUAUUUCGAUGGUCUAGAAGACAAACAUGGUAAUUACGUAUAUUUCGAUGGUCUAGAAGACAAACAUGGUAAUUACGUAUAUUUCGAUGGUCUAGAAGACAAACAUGGUAAUUACGUAUAUUUCGAUGGUUUAGAAGACAAACAUGGUAAUUACGUAUAUUUCGAUGGUCUAGAAGACAAACAUGGUAAUUACGUAUACUUCUAUGGUCUAGAAGACAAACAUGGUAAUUACGUAUAUUUCGAUGGUCUAGAACACAAACAUGGUAAUUACGUAUAUUUCGAUGGUCUAGAAGACAAACAUGGUAAUUACGUAUAUUUCGAUGGUCUAGAAGACAAACAUGGUAAUUACGUAUAUUUCUAUGGUCUAGAAGACAAACAUGGUAAUUACGUAUAUUUCGAUGGUCUAGAAGACAAACAUGGUAAUUACGUAUAUUUCGAUGGUCUAGAAGAUAAACAUGGUAAUUACGUAUAUUUCGAUGGUCUAGAAGACAAACAUGGUAAUUACGUAUAUUUCGAUGGUCUAGAAGACAAACAUGGUAAUUACGUAUAUUUCGAUGGUCUAAAAGACAAACAUGGUAAUUACGUAUAUUUCGAUGGUCUAGAAGACAAACAUGGUAAUUACGUAUAUUUCGAUGGUCUAGAAGACAAACAUGGUAAUUACGUAUAUUUCGAUGGUCUAGAAGACAAACAUGGUAAUUACGUAUAUUUCGAUGGUCUAGAAGACAAACAUGGUAAUUACGUAUAUUUCGAUGGUCUAGAAGACAAACAUGGUAAUUACGUAUAUUUCGAUGGUCUAGAAGACAAACAUGGUAAUUACGUAUAUUUCGAUGGUCUAGAAGACAAACAUGGUAAUUACGUAUAUUUCGAUGGUCAAGAAGACAAACAUGGUAAUUACAUAUAUUUCGAUGGUCUAGAAGACAAACAUGGUAAUUACGUAUAUUUCGAUGGUCUAGAAGACAAACAUGGUAAUUACGUAUAUUUCGAUGGUCUAGAAGACAAACAUGGUAAUUACGUAUAUUUCGAUGGUCUAGAAGACAAACAUGGUAAUUACGUAUAUUUCGAUGGUCUAGAAGACAAACAUGGUAAUUACGUAUAUUUCGAUGGUUUAGAAGACAAACAUGGUAAUUACGUAUAUUUCGAUGGUCUAGAAGACAAACAUGGUAAUUACGUAUACUUCGAUGGUCUAGAAGAUAAACAUGGUAAUUACGUAUAUUUCGAUGGUCUAGAACACAAACAUGGUAAUUACGUAUAUUUCGAUGGUCUAGAAGACAAACAUGGUAAUUACGUAUAUUUCGAUGGUCUAGAAGACAAACAUGGUAAUUACGUAUAUUUCUAUGGUCUAGAAGACAAACAUGGUAAUUACGUAUAUUUCGAUGGUCUAGAAGACAAACAUGGUAAUUACGUAUAUUUCGAUGGUCUAGAAGAUAAACAUGGUAAUUACGUAUAUUUCGAUGGUCUAGAAGACAAACAUGGUAAUUACGUAUAUUUCGAUGGUCUAGAAGACAAACAUGGUAAUUACGUAUAUUUCGAUGGUCAAAAAGACAAACAUGGUAAUUACAUAUAUUUCGAUGGUCUAGAAGACAAACAUGGUAAUUACGUAUAUUUCGAUGGUCUAGAAGACAAACAUGGUAAUUACGUAUAUUUCGAUGGUCUAGAAGACAAACAUGGUAAUUACGUAUAUUUCGAUGGUCUAGAAGACAAACAUGGUAAUUACGUAUAUUUCGAUGGUCUAGAAGACAAACAUGGUAAUUACGUAUAUUUCGAUGGUUUAGAAGACAAACAUGGUAAUUACGUAUAUUUCGAUGGUCUAGAAGACAAACAUGGUAAUUACGUAUACUUCGAUGGUCUAGAAGAUAAACAUGGUAAUUACGUAUAUUUCAAUGGUCUAGAACACAAACAUGGUAAUUACGUAUAUUUCGAUGGUCUAGAAGACAAACAUGGUAAUUACGUAUAUUUCGAUGGUCUAGAAGACAAACAUGGUAAUUGCGUAUAUUUCUAUGGUCUAGAAGACAAACCAUUUAAUUACGUAUAUUUCGAUGGUCUAGAAGACAAACAUGGUAAUUACGUAUAUUUCGAUGGUCUAGAAGAUAAACAUGGUAAUUACGUAUAUUUCGAUGGUCUAGAAGACAAACAUGGUAAUUACGUAUAUUUCGAUGGUCUAGAAGACAAACAUGGUAAUUACGUAUAUUUCGAUGGUCUAGAAGACAAACAUGGUAAUUACGUAUAUUUCGAUGGUCUAGAAGACGAACAUGGUAAUUACGUAUAUUUCGAUGGUCAAGAAGACAAACAUGGUAAUUACGUAUAUUUCGAUGGUCUAGAAGACAAACAUGGUAAUUACGUAUAUUUCGAUGGUCUAGAAGACAAACAUGGUAAUUACGUAUAUUUCGAUGGUCUAGAAGACAAACAUGGUAAUUACGUAUAUUUCGAUGGUCUAGAAGACAAACAUGUUAAUUACUUAUAUUUCGAUGGUCUAGAAGACAAACAUGGUAAUUACGUAUAUUUAGAUGGUCUAGAAGAUAAACAUGGUAAUUACGGACCAGCCAAUUUUUCAGGGGGACUGUUUUUAAUGAUUCAAAACUUCUAG